GCAGUAUUUUAUGCAUAAAACGAUGUACUGUGAAAUGAGGUUUUGUUAACAGAUUGGAGCCAUUUCACUAUUUGAUUAAUGCUACCUGUAGGCCUAUAUAUGGAUCUCAUCUUUUAAAUGGACUCAUCUUUUAAAUAUAAACUAAAAAAUAAAUAAAUUUGACCUUCCUUUUAAAAUUUGGACCAAUCUUUUAUCAAUAUUAAUUGUAAUUCUAUUUGUAAUUGUAAUAAUACUGACAUUGAUAAUGGUAAUUUACGGUAAAAUAUAGUACCUAUAUUCCAUUUUAGCAGAAUAAAAGGCAGUGGCGGCUCUAGGAUAUAUUUUCUGGGUGGGUGGGGGGCCUAAGUUGUCCGACAGGGGUACGGGUUGACUAAUGCUAAUAAUUUUCUCUGUGGCCAAAAUGAAUUCCCCUUAGUAACAGAAGUAUCCCCUAGAAGAAGUACCGGUAACCCCUUAAAAUUCAAAAUUUAAUUUUCAUUUUUCAAUUUGUCAAAUUUAAGGAAGCAUUUAAUACACAUCGCUUUGUAGGAAGUACCAACCCCAAUUCACAGAAACCCAAAGGAAGAAAUAAAUAAUCCUUUGUAUAAUUCAAUGAUUUACUAUCAGUCAAAAGACAGGAAAAUACCUCAAAAUUCACAUACUAAGUCUUUUUUCACCAAUUUAAAGAGACAUAUACUACCGACUCAUUGCAACCGAUCGCAGCAGAGUGUAGUCUGACCAGAGGUUAUUACUAAAAUCCUUAAAUUGAUUGAUAGAAUCUAAUAAUCCUAAUAAUUUAUUUUAUUCUAAUGAAUGAGCUAUUCAUUUUUUUAUAGAUAUUUUCCUAUAUUUUGACUGAUAUUACAUCAUUAAAAGCGAAAAUGAAACUGUCAGCAGAAAGAUGCUGUAACAACAAUAAGCGAAUUUUAAAUCCAAAUGAAUUGGAAAAGGCAAAAAAAAUUGUUAACCUAUCAAUAGCAGUCUGCACAGGUUAGUAUUAGCCUUGAAUUCCAGGUCUUAAUUUUGGUUAGUAAUUCUGUAAUAUAUAAUUCUUUUAAUGCUAUCAGUGCGCGCCAUUCCAAAUUUAAUUGGCGUCCCAUAUUCUAUUGUUCUCCAAAUUAGCUCACUCGUUGAUGGCGCUGCUCAGAAUGCGGAAACGCUCGAUACGCUCGAAACCGUAAUUUGGUCGAUCGUGGUGCAAAAUGUAAACAGAAAGAGGGGCGUUCUUCAUCGAGAUUACGUACAAAGGAGGAUGGAUUAUUCUGGUAUCUCCUGGUCAACUCUUCCAGAGCAUAUUCUAGUCACAAUCUUUUCCUAUCUACCAAUCAGCGAUCGAUUUCAUGCUGCAGUUGUCUGCAAGGGUUGGCAAGACUCUUUCAAUUCUCCUUACCUCUGGCAUUCAUUCAAGUUCUCAUUCAUUCAGCCGUCAGAUUCAAUUCAACUGAAAUUCUUGGAGAAAUACGGAAGACAUCUAAGACAUGUUGAGAUAUCCUGCGACCAGACACAACAAGAGAACUGUAGCCAAUCAUGUCAAGUUCUUACUCAUUUAGCUCGAACCAAUGAAAGGAGACUUGAAUCUAUCGCUGUCCACUUUAUCAAAGAAAAUCCAUUAUUUUUUCGAGGAGAUCUGUUUCUAUGUAGUCUGGCAGAAUUAUUUGGACCUACUGAUCCAAAGACAGAUGUUGUAAAUACACUUAAAUCAGUGAUCCUAGCGCGACUAGCUGUGACUUUUGAAGAUGUUCUUUUAAAUCUAUUAGCAGAUAAUCACAGCACCAUCCACACACUCAACAUACAAAAUGUCUCACUCACGUGUUCAAUUUCUUCACAUUGCAUGUUGAACUUUGUUGAGAAAUGCCGUCAAUUGCAAAGGCUCAGCUGCCACUACAAAAGCCUCUCAAAAGAUGUGUUUGAAGCUCUUGCAACACCCAAACGAAAACCAUUAAAAUUCCUCUCAAUCGCGUGCACACGCGAGAAUAAGUACCACAUGGAAAUUCCAGAAAGUUCUUGGGAAUCUCUAGUGCAGGUGUCACCGGAUCUUGUUGUCAAUAUGAAAUUUGAUCACACAAUCGAGAAACAUCGCAUUAGAAGAAUUCUGUGUUAUGUGAUUCCAUUGACUCAGUUGUCAAUGACAACAAUGACGGAACUUCAUGAAGAGGUUCAGUUGGCUGCUGAUUUCUUCCAUGCGACACUGGAGAAGCUUGUAAUCACAACCAAAGGAAGUCCAGAUCUGAAGAGGGAGCUGUUAAGGCUUGUUUCCAUGUCAUCAAAUUUAAAGGUGCUCCAUUGCUUCUGUGCCCUUGACCCUGAAACAAUUUCCCGAAUUCAAGUGCUCCGGCCACAAUUAACUGAUACCAUUUUAAGGACAGCUGAGGAGUUUGAAGAGGAAGGAAGGACGUUGAUUGGACGGGAGGCUACUAGCUCUAUCAUAAUGGGCCCCUGAGUUGAACCUCAGUAAUUUGUAAACAUUAAACAUUCAUCAGUCCAAUUACUGUUGACAUCACCACAACGACAACAAAGGCUCACAUUUUUACCGCAAGCACUCAUUUUUUUUGUAUUUUUUAAUGAGUGCAAAUAAAAAAAAUUACUAGUUUCUUGUCCCAUCCAUUUUCUCUGCUUCACCACCAAAAUGGGGAUAUGUAUGGUAUGAAUCAUGUCUGCCUUCAAUGUGUCUACUUGGAAAAAGUAGUACAGUAGUUGUUUCCCAUCGACCAUCUUGGGGAAAAAAGUGCUCUCAUUCUUUUUUUCUUUUUUUUCAAAAUAGUAGGAUAAGAAACUACUUUUUUUUUUUACGUGGCCUUUUGGUGAAAUUAAUUUACUUUUAAUUUUUUUCUCACCCUCCUGAAGAUGCCAUAUCAGUUGUGAUUUAAUUGAUCACAGUUGUUUUAUUUGAAACAGUUUUCAAAUAGUGCUAAUUGAUUUUUGCACACUUUUUAAGUUUUUAAAACUACAUCCAACAUGGCCACUGAUAAUGUUAACACAAUCUGUACUUUUUUUUUAUUCCUAUGCAAUAAGAAUUCUUAGUAAUUACAGUGGUGGGUGUAUUACCUAUGUUGUGAGAUGCUGAGCUUUACUGUAAAAAAUUUAUUUUUGUGAAAUUUUUUAUUGUGAAUGAUUGCAUUGUUGCAAUCAGAUGAAUUUUCAUAUGCUCGCAAAAUUUAACUUGAAUAUGAGAUGCAUUGUUAAAACCAAAAUGAUAUUUCAAUAGAUUUACUAUGUUUGAAUUUGUUAAAAUAUAGAGCUCAGUUGCUGGUGUACUGUGCUGAAAACUGUGAAUUUAGAGUGUAAAUGUGCUAAAAACAAGAAGCAGAAUACCAAAGCGUACUUGAAUAUCAAUCUGAAAUUAUACAUAAAUUAAGUUUAUUGGAGUAACAACACUCCCAAACAAAGUGCCUUACAAUUGAAAAAAAAAUUCCAUCUAAACUACCUUCCACGACACCAAUCAUGUAACAGAACAUGUCUCUAACUGAUGCUUUACAAAAAGAUGUAUUUAACCCACAGUUUAUAUUAUUUAUAGAAUGUAUUGAAAAACAAAAUUAUCAAAAAGGAUUUUUGUUUGUAGUGUUGUGUUGAAUGAUUGAAUUGAAUGAAGCACCAUUGAUACUACAAUUAGUGGCAAUGAAUAUAGGAAAUACAAUAUAUUUAUAAUGGUAAUAUUUGUUAUAUUAUGUAGAAGGAAUGUCAUUUUAACAUUAGUGUUUUUGAGGUUUAUCAAGAAUCAAAAGCCAAUAUGUAUUCAGGAAAAA